AUGAGUCAUGCGCGGAUGGUGGCACAAUUCUUCCAGACAACACUGUAUGCCCGAUGGAUUACUCGUGCAGGUCGUGUGUAUGGUCACGUACGAAUGAUCCUAGCCCAUCCUGGAUACACAGAUCCGGGGCUCAGCGGUGGAACCCUUUGCGCCAGAGCUGCCGAGUUAGCCAUUCAGCUUCAAGAACAUGCAGCAGGAAAUACCAGGACUGUUGAAAAAAGCGGUCCGAUUAUGAGUAAGAAGUCACGCGCACGGUGUAAAGAGAUCGUGGCCCAUCGUGGUAGCUCCAUCGCCUACUGCCGCAAGGCUCCGGAGAGGUCAUUUCUCAGUAGACGCCGUUUCAUGAAUGAACAAAAUAGGGAAGACAAAGGGGGACAACAAAACGAUGGGCCUGGCCGGGAAUUGAACCCGGGACCUCCUCCAAAUGGCGAAAACCCUAAGAAGGAAUCAUACUACUAG